UCUCAUCAGCCAACAUUUCUGUGGCCCCAGCAGUGUGUUGUGUUCUCAUACAGGAAGCUGCAGAUGCGAAAAGAACAUGAAUAUCAAACAGUUUACUCACUGUUCUGAUAUUAGAUGUGAAAGGCCAAACAGACACAGGUCUAGUCUAGUAUCUACAACAGUGUCUGCAAAAUCUGUUAAAUGAGCCUCAUGUCCACCUUAUAUCUGACCUGUCCAGGCAGGAUUCUUUACUUUUCACUUUACAAACAUGCACGGAUUGUUAAAAGCAGAUAAUGUAUUCCCAGAAUGAAAUGCACACGUUGAAGGUUUAUGUUACGUGAAUAUAAGUAAAUAUAAGCUUUGACAUGUUUAAUGUUUUAUACAUUAAACAUAAAAAACUGUGUCUUUUAUGUGUAAUGCAUGAAAUAAUGCGUGUUUUUAUCUUACUGCACUUACACUUAUACUGGCCAACUGUUUACAAGUUUAACCCAGUCACUGUGCGUGAAAAUGCGGCGUUUUCUCCUCGUAGCUUCAUUAAAUCACUCCGUGGGCUUCUUUACCCCAAACAGUAAAAACAUGAUUAGUGUUUGAUGGAAAUCUGUCCAAAUAUGAAAGUUUGAGCUGACUUUUCAUCGCGUUAGCUGCAGAUUACUAAUCAAACUUUUAGCUCAAAUCUCCGAGGUUCACGCAGUUAAAAAUAAACUUAUUUGACAGUUUUGUGGGAGUUAUGGCUGUAUUUUACAUUUACAGUUGUGUUAGUAAUGAUUUCCUAAAGUUAAAAGCGUGUUACUCACAUGUUUUCUCCGUCUUCCAGAUGGUCGUUUUGCUCUGUGUUUAUAUGUGCGAACAAAUUCCAUAACGUAAAAACAAUCUUAUUUGAUAAACAUUUAAUUGCGGUCAAAAUAAAUCGUAUCGUCGCCCCAUACGUCUACAUAAAAGUAGAGAUGACGUCUUUGGUGGAGGUCACGUGUUUCCGGUCUGGAGUGGAGCUCCACUUUCCCCAUGUGUCUGCAGCCAGACCCUCUUGGCUACGGUACCUGCACGUGAAUAACUGUUUACUUCCCCCACACACCGCCCAGCUGCCUCUUCCUCAGACCGUUCAACGCGCUGCUGGUCUCAGACUAGCACCCCCUCCCUGUCUCCACGAGAACAGCACCAUAUUGAACAUACUGGGUCACCACCACCUCCAACCCUGUCACCACCAGUGCCAGCUGGGUCACCAGGAUCAGGUCCACUUGUACAUGAUAUCCCAGUUCGUAUAACUCGACCUAUUCAAACUAAAAGACAUACGAAAGCUAGAUCUAUUAGUCGGAAUAAUAUUUUAAUUACUCAUGCUAAUACAAUGAACAAAAUACCACUGACAUGUAAAAUGGGACUUUUAAAUGUUAGAUCUCUGGCCAAUAAAUCUUUUAUAAUUAAUGAUAUGAUUGUAGAUGAGGCUGUAGACUGUAUGUUUUUAACAGAGACAUGGACAGGCACAGAUGGAGCCGUAACCCUAAACGAAACCACACCUCCUAACUAUAGUUAUUCGUAUUCAUCUCGCCUCAAUAAAAAAGGAGGUGGCACAGCCAUAAUCCUCUCUGCUAAACAUAAUUUCAAAAAUAUUCAUUUCAAUCAGUACCCUUCAUUUGAGCAUCACUCCCUGGUCUUAACAAAUCCUUCCAUCCUCCUUAUUUGUAUUUAUCGCCCACCUAAACACUCCUCUUCUUUUACGGCAGAUUUCUCAGACCUCCUGUCCAUUGCUCACUCAAAUUACAAUAGAAUUAUAAUUGUAGGGGAUUUUAAUUUACACAUUGAUGUUAAAUCAGACUCACUAGCGACAGAUUUUUUAAACCUUUUAAACUGUAUGAAUUUUAAACAAAAUGUUUUACAGCCCACCCACAACAGAGGCCAUAUAUUAGAUUUAGUAAUUUCAUAUGGAAUAUCAGUAGACAUUGCCUCUGUUGUGGACGUGGGCUUUUCAGACCAUGACUGUAUAUUUUUUAAUAUAACUUUUGAGCAACCCCCCAUAUCAGAAUGCAUUGUCAGAAAGCGCUGUAUUACUGCUGAAGUCACAACAAACUUUACAGAAAUAUUAGACAACACUCCAACUCCUUUUUUACCAUCCUCAUGUGAUUUUACUGUAGAAUAUUUUAAUAAUAAAUUAAAAUCUACCCUUGAUGCUGUGGCACCUCUAAAACUCAAAACUGUGAAGACAAAAAAGUCUCCUUGGAAAAAUGAAAAAACAAGACAACUGAAGCAAAAUUGUAGAAAAGCAGAAAGAAAAUGGCGCAAGAAUAAAAUUACAAUAAACUAUGAAAUUUACCGUGAACAAGUGAGAAAAUACAAUAAUGGUAUGAAAUGCGAAGCAUACCUCUCCCAACUUAUAAAUAAUAACAUUAAAAAUCCCAGGAUUCUAUUCUCCACGAUUAGUUCGGUUAUCGACCCUGUUCGUAAUUGGAAGGAGCCAUCAAACAUGCCAAACUGUGAGGAUUUUGUGACUUACUUCAGCAAUAAAAUACAGUCCAUUAGAGCUGAAAUGCAGCAGAUACAACCAAGUAACAUCUGUAUUUUAUCAAACACACUUGAUAGUUUUGCCCUGGUUGAUGCUACGACUCUUAACAAAAUAAUUUUACAAUUGAAACCAGCCACUUGUUUUUUAGAUCCUAUCCCUACAUCACUUUUUAAAUCAGUUUUUAAUUUUUUAGCCCAAGAAGUCCUUAACAUUGUAAAUUUGUCGCUGCAGACAGGGGUUUUUCCAACACCACUCAAAACUGCUAUGGUCAAACCUCUGCUUAAAAAGGACAACUUGGACCCCUCCCUGCUCAGUAACUACAGACCUGUGUCCAAUCUGCCGUUUUUAAGUAAAAUUUUAGAGAAAAUAGUUUUUAACCAAAUUAAUGAUUUUAUGAUUGCCAACAAUAUCUUUGAAAUUCAUCAAUCUGGUUUUAGAGUUCACCACAGCACAGAGACUGCACUAGUAAAAAUCCUAGAUGAUAUAAGAUCCAACAUGGACAAGAAGAAUUUGUCAGUCCUGGUGCUGUUGGAUCUCACGGCAGCAUUUGACACUGUAGACCACUGUAUUUUACUAGAUAGAUACAUUAUGCAGUCGGUCUCUCUGGGUCUGUUUUUAACUGGUUCAAAUCUUUUUUAACAAACAGGGAUUUUUAUGUUAGUCUUGGGGAACACUCCUCCGCAAAAUGUAAAAUGGAGUGCGGUGUUCCCCAGGGCUCAAUUUUAGGUCCAACCCUUUUUAAUCUUUACAUGCUGCCACUAGGACAGGUCAUCAGGAGACACGGUGUUAACUUUCAUAGCUAUGCUGAUGAUACCCAGCUCUAUAUCGCCGUGUCUCCUGGUGACCUGAGCCCGAUCGACACCCUUUUUACCUGCAUUUUAGAUAUUAAGUCCUGGAUGGCAGCAAACUUCCUCCAGCUCAACCAGGGCAAAACCGAGGUUUUAAUUAUUGGUCCUGAAGCUCAGAGAGAGAGGCUCAAAGCUCCAAACCUACUCACUGAACCCCUGUGAGAGGGUCAAGAGUUUAGGAGUUACUCUUGAUAGUGAGCUUAGCUUUGAGCCACACAUCAGGUCCAUCACUAAAUCUGGUUUUUAUCAUCUAAAAAAUAUUGCCAGAGUCUGACCAUUUCUCUAUCAAGCCAGUGCAGAGAUUUUAAUACAUGCUUUUAUUACAAAUCGUGUUGAUUACUGCAAUGCUCUCCUUUCUGGUCUUCCAAAGAAAUCUACAUACAGCUCCAUUGCAGCUCCUCCAAAACUCUGCAGCACGACUGCUGACAAGGACCAGGAAGCGAGAGCACAUCACCCCAGUACUGAAGUCUCUGCACUGGCUCCUGUGAGCUUCAGGAGAGAUUUUAAAGUUCUUUUAUUAGUUUAUAAAGCUCUUAAUGGUCUUAGUCCUAUUUAUUUAUCUGAUCUGCUUUUAUCAUAUGAGCCUCUCGGACUCUCAGGUCCUCAGGUAGUCUUCUUUUAACUGUCCCAAGAGUCCAAACUAAAACUAACGAUGAGGCGUCAUUCAGUUUUUACGGCCCCCGUUUGUGGAACAGUCGACCUGAGGAUCUGAGGUCCGCUGCG